AUGGAGAAGCUUGCUUAUGCCUUGAUACUGGCAUCGAGGAAGCUCGGGCCUUACUUUCAGUCACACAAAGUAGUUCGCACUGCUUUUCCUCUAAGGCAGGUUCUUCACAAGCCAGAGGCUUCAGGAAGGCUAAUGAAGUGGGCUGUUGAGUUGGGACAAUUUGAUGUUGAUUACAAACCAAGGACUGCUAUCAAAGGCCAGACAUUGGCUGAUUUCUUUUUGGAGUUUCCACCUAGCACGGAGAAGCUCAUUGAAGAGGUUCAGGAAGAACCUCAACUAGUUAAGGUUCCUGCGGAAAAUUAUGCCCCAUGGUGGACACUGUAUGUGGAUGGUGCAGUUAAUGGAAACGGUGCUGGAGCUGGGAUAAUGUUGGUAAGUCCUGAAGGGCACAAGUUACAAAGUGCCAUACACUUUGGAUUCAAAGAAACUAAUAAUGAUGCGGAAUAUGAAGCCCUAAUCUCGGGGUUGAAACUAGCAAUUGAGAUGAAGGUCGAGAACCUAACUAUCUUUAGUGACUCCAUGCUGGUAGUUGGUCACUUAAGAGGAGGUUUCCAGGCUAGAGGUCCUCGUACCAAUUUAUACAUGAGAUACGCUCAGGAGCUCAUGGAGAAGUUUAAGGAGGUAAACCUAGAACAAGUUCCUAGGUCAAAGAACUCAGAAGCUGAUGCUCUUGCAAAGUUGGGGUCCCAACGAGAGUCUACGCUAUUGGGAGUGAUACCACUGGAGGUUCAGCUUCAACCAAGUGUCCCCAAGCUUGAUAUCAUGAGUGUGGAUGUUCAACAAGACACUUGGAUCACACCUAUUGUUGACUAUAUCACAAAAGGUACUUUACCCCCGGAGAGGGAUGAAGCUAGGAGGCUUAAGUACAAGUCAACAAGGCACGUGAUUUAUGAAGGAGUUCUCUACAAAAGAGGUUUCAACAAACCAUUACUCAGGUUUGCAAAUCAGAACACCAACCUUGCUGUUCCAUUGAAACCUUUGACUAGUCCUUGGCCAUUCGCUGUUUGGGGUAUUGAUUUGAUUGGAGAGCUUCCCAAAGGAAAAGGGGGAGUAAAAUAUGAUGUUGUUGCAGUGGAUUACUUCACCAAAUGGGCAGAAGCUGAAGGAAUUCGAUUUUCAGUAGUUUGCCAUCCCCAAAGUAAUGGUCAAACUGAAGCUGUGAACAAGAUUAUCAAACACACUUUGAAGACAAAGUUGGAGGAAAAGAAAGGCUGUUGGCCUGAGGAGCUUCCUAUGGUUCUUUGGUCUUACAAUACUACACCAAGAACCACCACUGGAGAAUCCCCAUUCACUCUCACCUAUGGAUGUGAAGCUAUGGUACCUGUGGAAAUAGGUGCAGGUUCUUUGAGAAGGGAUAACUUUGAUCCUACGGAUAAUGAGAAGAAUCACCUUCUUUACUUGGACAUGUUAGAAGAGUUAAGAGCCAACUCACAGCUGAAGCUGGCUGCCUAUCAGCAAAGGACAAAGAAAUACUUCAACAACAAGGUUCGAGUCCGACCUCUUAAAGUGGGGGACCUUGUUCUAAGGAAAGUGAUGCCCAAUACAAGGGUUCCUGGCCAUGGAGCUUUUGGGGCAAAUUGGGAAGGACCUUACAAGAUAAAAACGGUUCUCUGGGAAGGAACCUAUCACCUAGAGGACCUAAAUGGGAAGUUGAUACCAAGGGCAUGGAAUGCCGAGCACCUCAAGAAAUAUUACCAGUAG